GGCGUUGAUAAACAAACGUUACCUAGUUACACAGCUCGAAUUAGUUUGUGUUUUGUUGGAGCUACGUAACAGCUAUCGUCAGUUAGCAUAACCGAUGUAUGGUCAAAUGUAACAGAAAGUAAAGAAAUGCAACUUUGGCUUCUCUGUUGUCAAUACUCAUAAUAUAGGUGAACAAAACGGCAAUAAAAUAACAAUAUAUUGUAGCGUGACAUACAUUCAAAUGUUUUGGUGAAAAGAAACACGUAGUGUUUAGAAGAGGUAUUUGUUUUAAUGUACAGUAUGUGCAGUGUUUAUCUCCCUCUCCCAUGGCCUUCGGUGUCAGCUGUUGUCGAUGUUAAUGAUUAACAUGUCAAACUUCAUGUUGAAUUGUGGACGAGUACAGUAAACUCAAGUGCAUUUCUUUUGGCAUACAUGAAAAUUGAUGAUUUUUCCCAAGUAAACGGGAACCGGAAACCUAAAGUUUUGUGUAAAAAUCAGAUCACUCAGGACAUAUCUGUAUAAUUACUUAACAUCCUCCUGAAUGCAGAAGUGCAGUGUCGUCAGGUGAUUUGGUUUUUUUUUCCAGUGGUAGACAUUUUAAAGGCUUUAAAGGCUUGUUUGCUGUUCUUUUAUGUUGCUCCAACUGUUGCUGCCCUUCACAUCAUAGCAACGUUUAUGUUUGGUAAAUACUAACAUCUGAUCACGCGAUUAGAGACAAUAACACCCUAACACUGCAGUUAUUGAUGAGCACAGUCUCCUCUGUGAACCCGUCCGUCACAGAGGAAAAGAUCAGGCGAUCUUUACUGUGAUGAUGUAAAGUGAAGUACUGCCGUAGCUCAAUGGAAACUCCAGCGUCGGCCGAUCCGCCUCCCAACUCCACUCUACCUCCCCCCGUUCCCCUCCGCCCGGCUGUGGCCCCGUCGGUCCAGCUGGGCUUCACCAUCCUGUACACCACUCUGUACGCUGCACUCUUCCUGUUGGUGUACGUCCAGCUGUGGCUCCUCUACCUCUACAGACACAAACGAUGGAGCUACCAGAGUGUCUUCCUGUUCCUCUGCCUGCUCUGGGCUGCUCUGCGCACCACAUUGUUCUCUUUCUACUUCCACAAUGCACUGGAGGCCAACCACCUGCCCGUGGCAGUCUACUGGCUGCUCUACUGUUUACCCGUCUGUCUGCAGUUCUUCACACUCAGCCUCAUUAAUCUGUAUUUCACUCAGGUUCUGCUCAAAGUGCGGGAGACUCACAGCUCAGAGGAGGGCAGAAAACUGUGUGUGGCACGGUGCAUGUACAGUGCAAUGAACGUCAUCUUCCUGGGCGUCAACUUCGUCUGUGCCACGUUCUCGACACGCAGCGGCACAGCCCUGGGGACCUGGAAUCUUGUCCUGGUCCGGGUCAUAAUAAACGACUCACUUUUCAUCCUCGAAGCGGUGUUACUGGCCGCUCUGCUGUUGCUUUUGACCCGACACUCGCAUUCUACCAGCCCUUACCUGUUGAGUAAGGGCACCACCAUGUGUCGAACAGCAGCACUGGGAGCCGCCGUCAUCCUGUUGUUCACCAGCAGAGCGUGCUACAAUCUGACCGUCCUCUUCCUCUCCCAGAGCCACAGGGUGGAGUCCUUCAACUACGACUGGUACAAUGUCUCUGACCAGGCUGACCUGCACAGUGAGCUGGGAGACAAAGGCUACCUGGCCUUCGGUGCCAUCCUCUUCAUUUGGGAGCUGCUUCCAACCGGUCUGCUGAUCAUUAUCUUCAGGGUUCGCCAGCCUGCUCAGGAGACCAACGCCGUGGUCAUUAACAACAGAGUCCUGCCUCGACCGUAUUUCUUCGACGACCCUCAAGCCAGUGAUGAUGAUUUGCCUGUUCCAUGGGCGCGCAGUCCAAACCUGCAGCCAAGCUGGUACGGAGCAGAGAGCGCUCCUCUCCUCUUCGCCACUGAGCCUCCACACCGGAACCACCAGCACCAUUCCUUUUAUUCCACUCCCCAAAACUGAAGUGGACCACUCGCCCUGGGUCUGGUCCCACACAGACAGUAGUACCUCCAGCAAUGAGCAAAUUUUGCACAAAAAAACCCAACAAAUGAUCUCUCAGGAAAUCACCAGCAGCAAAAUGUCGUUCUGUACAGAUGGAGCUAAAAACAAGGAGAACUUUUCACACCAAAUAUAAAGACAUGGUGAAACGUGUAGCUGCUGUUCUGCCAUAGUGUGUUCGCCCAAUCAUCUCCAUGUCCUCGUUAGAACAACUGUUAAUGGCACAUUUAGCUUUGAUAGCAUUCCUUCAUAUAUAUAUAUAUAC